GCGGAAAGUUGCAAUAGUCAGCUGGUUUUUAAAGCCAGACGAGCGUCGCUGUGUCGUGAGAAGAGCCCCGAACUUCGUGUUCUUUCGCGGUUUCUCGUCGUCGUUUCUCCUGCUGGAACAAACCCGCUGUUUCUCUUGAUUUUUUCCGUUUCCAGGACGCCCUCCCGUGUGUGUGUGAGUUCGGCCUCUCUGUCGCAGUCAGCCUCUCCGCUCGCGUGUACGUACACCUGACAUACGUGCGAGGCAGUUCGCUUCUGUUCCUUGAACUUUCGUUUCCCUCGUUCCCUUCUCUUCUGCACAAAAUGGCGCCCCGAGGCGAAGCAGCAGCCCCAGAGGGGGACGCGGAAAUGGGAAUCAUCUACAAAGUCUCUGGCCCGCUGGUUCUGGCCGAGCAAAUGAGUGGAACGAAAAUGUAUGAACUCGUGCGUGUCGGCUGGCAGCGACUUGUCGGAGAAAUCAUUCGUCUUGAGGGCGACAAAGCCUUUAUCCAAGUUUACGAGGAGACCGCUGGUCUUUGCGUAGGCGAUCCUGUGCUGAAGACCGGGAAACCUCUUUCCGUCGAGCUGGGACCUGGUCUUCUUGACAACAUUUUCGACGGAAUUCAGCGCCCUCUCGAGCGCAUCGCACAAGUCGCCCAGAGCGUCUUCGUCCCCAAGGGGGUCGAUGUGCCUGCUCUGGACCACAAGAAACUUUGGGAGUACAAUCCAGUCGCCAACGUUCAAGUCGGCGAUAUCCUGACCGGUGGAGAUAUUAUCGGAACCGUACACGAGAACAAUCUGUUUCUGGAGCACCGCAUCAUGAUUCCCCCCAAGAUUCAAGGCAAGGUCUCCUGGAUCGCCCCUGCAGGCUCGUACACAGUCAAGGACACGAUCAUGACUCUGGAGUAUCGCGGCGAGCAAAUUCCGAUUCAGAUGGCUCACGACUGGCCAGUCCGAGAGCCUCGUCCCUGUCUCGAAAAACUCUCGGGAAACACACCGCUUCUCACUGGGCAGCGUGUGCUCGACUCUCUCUUCCCCACGGUUCAGGGAGGAACUUGCGCCAUUCCUGGAGCCUUCGGGUGCGGGAAAACAUGCAUUUCCCAGGCGCUGUCAAAGUACAGCAACAGCCAGGUGAUCAUUUACGUCGGCUGCGGCGAACGGGGGAACGAAAUGGCAGAAGUUCUAACGGAGUUUCCAGAGCUCACGACGGUGGUUAACGGCCAGGAAGAGGGCAUCAUGCAGCGCACCUGUCUCGUCGCAAACACCAGCAACAUGCCUGUCGCUGCCCGUGAAGCCUCCAUCUACACCGGGAUCACCUUGGGAGAGUAUUUCCGCGAUAUGGGUUACCAUGUGGCUAUGAUGGCUGACAGCACAAGUCGCUGGGCUGAGGCGCUUCGUGAAAUCAGUGGACGGCUUGCUGAAAUGCCAGCUGACAGUGGCUAUCCCGCCUACCUUGGCGCGCGUCUGGCGUCUUUCUACGAGCGUGCGAGCCGUGUACGCUGUGUGGGGUCUCCGGAACGCGAAGGCAGCGUGACGAUUGUCGGCGCUGUCUCGCCACCAGGAGGAGACUUCUCUGACCCUGUCACCACGUCCACGAUGUCCAUCGUACAAGUUUUUUGGGGUCUCGACAAGAAACUUGCCCAAAGAAAACACUUCCCCUCCGUGAACUGGACAACUUCGUUCUCCAAGUACAUUCGUGCGCUGGAGCCGUUCUUCGAUUCCUACGACGCUGAGUUUAGCAGUCUUCGACAGAAAAUCUCUGACAUUCUUCAGCAAGAAGCCGAGUUGACGGACAUCGUCCAGCUUGUCGGCAAAGACUCGCUCUCCGAGGAUCAAAAACUGAUUCUGGAAGUCGCACGAAUUAUUCGAGAAGAUUUCCUCCAGCAGAACGCGUUCUCGGACUACGACUACAUGUGCCCUCUGUAUAAGACCGUCGGCAUGAUGCGCACCAUCUGUCACUUCUACGAUCAGUGUCUGCGCGUCAUGCAAGAAACAAGCGGCAGCGAGCACAAAAUCGGGUGGGGUACAAUUUACAACACGAUGCGGCCGACCAUCAGCAGAAUCACCAGCAUGAAAUUCUUGCCGCCGACGACUACGGAGGCGCAGGCGAAGCAGCAUUUCAAGCAGCUGAGUGACGAGAUCACCUCUGGCCUCCGGGGUCUCGUUGAGAAAUAAAGAGGAAACUGAAAAGGCGUCAAAGGGUAGCGGAAAUUUUCUCCCGAGCCUGUCUGGGGCAUGCGGGUGUCUGUCUGCUCUCUGUAGACCUUCGUGCUGUUGAUGGAUUUUCGAUCCGGAGACAAGAGGUCCCUGUGGUUUAGCUGGGUGCGUCUGCUUGGAGAAAAAGCGAAGCUUUUUUGGGUUUCGCGGCGACAGAGGCGAGCGC